AUGCUCCUGUCCCUCUUCGCUCCCCCGGAGGGUAAGAUUUCCAUUCCCAGCCUCAUCGUUAGCGUCCCCGUCUGCUCCCUUGUCCUCUGGAUCGUCUACUGCCGUACCUUACAUCCCCUCGCAAAAUAUCCCGGUCCGUUCCUCGCCUCGUUUUCUCGGAUCUGGCAGUUAUACCGUGUCUUUCAAGGGGACAUGGACGUCGCGCACCGAGACCUCCACCAUCGGUACGGGCCGGUGAUUCGUAUCGCGUACGACGAGGUAUCAAUAUCAGAUGCUAGUGCGAUAAAAGAUAUUUACAGUGCUGCGGACGUCUUUGCCAAAACAGACUUCUAUACCCUGUUGCGGCCGCCAUUUGCACGGUAUCCCGAUCACUUCAGCAGCACGGACGAGAAAGUCCAUGGCCAGCGUAGGAGGAUUGUCAAUUCGCUGUACUCUAUGACCAGUGUUAUGGAGUCCGAAGGAUGUAUCGACCAGGUUUCCGAGCUCUUUCUGCGCCGAAUGGAUGAUUUGGCGGGGGAAGGGAAAUUCUUCGACCUUGCAACGUGGUUUCAAUUCUACGCUUUCGAGGUCAUAGGUGUGCUCUAUUUCAACAAGAUGUUCGGCAACCUAGAAAACGGGUGGGAUGUUAGCGGUGUCACCACGGCGCUGGACACACUAUUGCCCAUUCACUUCGCGUCGUGCUUCGUGCAACGGUAUCUGCGACCGGUAUUCCUACUUCCCGGAUCAUUGUUUUCCAGAGUUCGAGGGGCGAUCCGAGGUCUUUCCAAGCUCCGUGACGCUUCCCUGGCGUGCGUUGCCGAAAGGAAAAAUCUGGUUCAGGAUGGAAGGAAAACCAGAGCGGAUAUUCUCGACAAAAUGUUCCGGAUCUACGAAGAGCGAGGCAAGGAGCUGGACUACAACGUCAUAGACGUCGAGGUGGAAAUCUAUGCUGCACUGUUUGCCGGAAGCGACACCACAGCUAUCUCUCUCACCGCCAUAAUCUAUCACCUGAUGAAACACCCCAACGCGUACGAUAAGUUGGUGGAAGAGAUCGACAAGGCCACGGACGCCGGCAUCCUCUCGCAGCCCAACAUUCGUCACGAAGAAGCCAUGAAGCUCCCUUACCUGGACGCCUGUUGCAAGGAAGCAAUGCGGCUCCAUCCAGGCAUUGGUUGGACCGUACCUCGAUACGUCCCCAAAGGUGGGAGAACCAUUGUAGGUCAAUGGUUCGACGAGGGAAUAAGAGUCGGCAUCAACCCUGCCGUUACGCAUUUCGACAGGUCGGUCUUUGGCGAGGAUGCGGAUCAAUUCAACCCGGAUCGCUGGUUCCGUGGAGAUUCGGUCAAUAUGGAGAAACACAUGCUGGUGUUUGGCGCCGGUCCUAGAACAUGCAUUGCGAAGAACAUCGCUUUGGCUGAGAUUCGCAAACUCAUUCCGCAGCUCUUGCGUGCCUAUCAGUUGGAGAUGGUGGACCCAGGGAAGGAGUGGAAGAGGGCCAACAUCUGGUUUAAUCGGGUGUCUGGCGUGGAAGUGAGGGCUUCAAAGAGGAGUACAUCGUAA